GAGUGGCCGGCGGCACGCGACAGCUGUCCUGCGGCGGCGGGCGCGCUUCAAGGCUCGGAGAGGGCAGAGGAGAGGGGAGCGCUUUCAUUUAUCCGACCGGCCGCGCCGCACGCGUUUUCCUCAAAGCGUCGCCGCCGCUCGGAACAAGACGUCAAACUGAGACGCCGCGCAAUAACGGCUCCCCCGAAUAACGGGUCUCGCGCGCGUGUGGGUGGCCGCGGUGUGCUCGGCCGCGGCGCUCGGUGGAGUUUGGCAAUGGAGAUCGCGGCCUGUCGCACGACGCUUUGCUCGUGCGUUCUUGCCUGGGUGGACGGGCGCCCCCCGCGGUGGUGGUCGUCCGUAGCCGGGAGCUGCCAGGCGUAGCCGCGGGCGCACCGCCUCGGGCGUCGCGGAGCGCAGAGGGCGCUGCGAACGCCAAGGACGCGGACCCCGAACGACGGCGGCUGGUGGUGGUGCAGCGACAGCGGGAGCAGCGGUGGGCGGCCGUCAUGUUCGGCGUCGGCGAGCCCCCGCUCGUCUGUCAGGAGGCCGUGUUCACUCGGGACCGUGGUCCGCGGGCAUUCCUGCACCCGUUCAGCCCGUACGGCCGCGCCGUGCUGCGCGUCACCCAGCACAGCCAGCCGCCUGAGCUGCGGCCAGGUCCUCCCCAGAAGCAGGCUCGGCCUGAGGAUGGGGUCGAUGGGGCUGACCAGGGGGGCCUCCCCAACCGUGGCAGCACACCGCCCCGCAAAGCACCCCCACUGCGGCGCCUCGACGAUGAGGCUCUCAAGCGGUCACGACUGCACUCCAACCAGUAUGAGUUGUCGCAGGACCUUUUGGACAAGCAGGUGGAGAUGUUGGAGCGCAAAUAUGGGGGCGUGCGGGCGCGCACGGCGGCACUGACCAUCCAGCGGGCCUUCCGCAGCCACUGCAUGCAGAAGCGCUUCCUGGACUUGGCCAGUGCGUCCAAGGGUGAACGUCGACUCUCGCGGCGCAUCCAUGCACUGGACCUGCUCGCUCCCUCCGGUGCCAGUCCGCCCUCAUCCGAGGGUGCCCUGCCGUGGUCUGCUCACCAUCGCACACCCACUAAAGGGGCCUUGGCGGAAGCGGCGGCAGCGGCUGCAGCCGCCAGCAGGCGGGUGCCCCCACAGGUGCCCCGACGGUCAUCAUCCAUUCCUGGCACCACCACCACAACUGCUGCUAGCUCAAAGGAAAACUCUGGAAGCUGGAAGCAUAGCACGGUGAGUCUCGGAAUUACGUUUUUAGGUUGCUUUUGUCUGGUUAUAGCACUGCAGACUGUACUCAGAUCUGCGAAAAGUUGAUGAUGCUGUUGUAAC